AUGAGAGGAUCUUUCUAUACCUUUGCCAUAUUGGCCUGCCUUUUGGCACUUGUCGCAGCAUGGAGCAAAGAAGAUCAGGAAAUCUUUCGUCUGCAAAACGAAGUUGCUACCCAUGAUGGAGAUGAGGUUACGUUUUAUGAUCUCCUCGACAUUAAAUCAUCCGCCAGCCAAGAGGAAAUCAGAGCUGCAUACAAAAAGAAGUCUCGUACUCAACAUCCAGAUAAAGUCAAAGCUCAAUUCAUUGCCGAUAAAUCCACAGGAAAGGACGAAAAGUCCAAGAACAAGAAGCCAGGUGUCAAAGUUUCAAAGGGUCCUUCACAAGCUGAAAUCAAGGCACAUUACCAACAAGCCAGCGAUCGAUUCACACGCUUGGGCCUAAUAAACAAGAUUCUCUUGGGAGAGGGUCGCGCCCGUUACGAUCAUUUUUUGAAGAAUGGAUUUCCAAAGUGGAAGGGUACUGGUUACUACUAUGCUCGGUUCCGUCCUGGUUUUGGCUCUGUGCUUGUGGGACUCUUCAUCUUCGUUGGAGGUGGUGGACAUUACCUGGCCCUAUACUUGAGCUGGAAAAGACAGCGCGAGUUUGUUGAAAGAUAUAUCUCAUUCGCAAGAAAUGCUGCAUGGGGUGGAAAUGCCAAUCUUAAUGUGCCUGGCCUUGAUGGAACCUCAACACCUGGAACAGAUACCGAUGCUGAUGCAGAUCUUAUGGCUCAGCCAAUGAACCGAAAACAGAGACGCAUGCAGGAGAAGGAUGCCAAGAAAGACAAAUCUGACAAGAAAGUCAAGAAGGUCAAGGCAUCCGCACCUGGAACUCCAACAACUAUUACCGGACCAAAGAAGAGGGUAGUUGCUGAAAAUGGCAAAGUGCUCAUUGUCGAUUCGUCCAAUAAUGUAUACUUGGAACAACCUGAUGAGGAUGGUAAAAUGCGAGAAUAUUUGCUUGACCUUGACGAGCUUCCUGCCCCUACCAUGAGAGAAACUGCUCUUUUCCGCCUACCAACCUUUACUUUCAACCAAACGAUUGGUCGUUUCUUGAACAAAACUCCAGUCGAGGAAGAACAUGAAGAGACAGAAGAAGUAUCCAGCAGCUCCGGUGCCGAUGACUUUGAAGUUCUCGAGAAAGUCAAGACAACUGCAACAAAUGGCAAUGGGAAAGCAACAAGAAGAAAUAAGAAGAAUGGUCGAUGA